CAUAUGUCGGACGAUAAAAGUUUCAAUUUUGAGCUGUAUUCUAGCAGUUGGUCGAUAGCAAUCAUUUCAGCAUGUCGGGUGGAAUUUCGUGUAGCAUUCACCUCAUUGCAGCCUUUUGCAAUUAUAGCUCCUUCAUAAACUAUCACGCAGCCAACUGGAACUUCCUUGUGUCUCAAGGCAAACUCUGCCAUCUUCAGGGCUUCAGACAUCCACUUCUUGUGAUCACCAACAUUGUUCUCCUUAGGGGCAUGCGCAGAAGAAGCCAUAAAUCGCAAACCCACGUGGAAUAGAGAGGAGAGCCUGUUAAAAAGAUCAAUCCAGGUAAACUGUUUCUUCCCAAUGGAUGCUGACUUAGACAUGGACGUACAUCGAGGACACAGUGUUUCUCCCAGAAGACAAGACGCAAGCAAUGAACUGCUUUGUUUGCAGAAUUGCUAUCAACUUGAGUGACUGUGCACAAUGCCAGGAGUGAGGGAAUCCCUGCUCAUGAUGGCCAUUAUGGCUUCAAGUUUGUGUCCAGCAAUCGCAAGCAUUCCAGUCACCAUUGACUUGCUUGCUGAAGCGGGGCUACGUGAUGGCAGUCUGUCUGAAGACGGAGCCUCCCUCUCCCCCGGCCCCAGUGGAGUCAUGGACUCUUUCUCUCUAACCAGACCUCUCUCAGCCGCUACUGACAGCACUCGAUGGCAGAUACUGGGUGGAGACUCACAGAGCUCACUCUCUCUCUUCACUGUGCUUGAGGCAUCCGGCUACUCUGGGUCAGUGAUCUCGAUCGGUGAUCAACUCGACGUCUCUUUGAGCACUGUUGUGAGGUUUGGGCUGUCAGUGCAGAAUCUUGUCAUUCGUUUGCCAGGGAUGGUGGAGCCAGUGGGUGUGGUCAUCCCUGAUUCACCCGGCUAUCGCUCCAUUGGUCUGCGACUGGACGGGCAGAGACUAACAGUGCUAGUAAACUGUGAGGUACUGGACAAGAUCACUAUUCCAGAGGAGCUCUCUAGUUUGGACGUCAAUGGACAAACAGUUACCAUAUUCAAUCAGCCUGUCUCUGUGAACCAGUUGCGUGUUUCCAACAGUCCCUAUGUCGCUGUAUCUGGAUGUAGUGUGCUCCCACCUGGUCCAUCUGGACCUCCCGGACCACCUGGAUCAAUUGGCAACAGAGGCAGCAAAGGAGUACCCGGACUUGAUGGCUCUUCUGGUGAGACUGGUCAACCUGGCCCUCCCGGAGAUAACGUCACUGUAGUGGGACCUCCUGGAUUGCCUGGCCUGCCUGGCGUCCCCGGACUGAACGGUACUCCUGGAGUUAUUGGACCCUCCGGCAGGAAAGGACUUCCGGGAGAUCCUGGAGACAAAGGAGACACUGGUAACCCCGGUAUGAAUGGAACAGUGGGAGAGCCUGGAAGAAAGGGACUUCCUGGAAUAAACGGUGAUACAGGCCCUCCUGGUGAGCCUGGUACAGCUGGUGCUCCUGGAGACCUGGGACUCCCUGGCACUAAUGGCACUGAUGGACCUCCUGGUGAGCCUGGAUCAAUAGGCCCCCCUGGAAGAUCUGGGACUCCUGGGAAAAUGGGUGGGGAUGGUAUUCCUGGUUCCCCUGGUGAUCCUGGAGAGCCCGGAGCAAUCGGACCACAAGGCCCAGAAGGCCCCUCAGGCAGGAAAGGCCUGCCUGGGCCACCUGGAUCUCUAGGACCCAUUGGACCACAGGGAGAGCCUGGUUCCCCUGGUAACAACGGUACUGACGGUAAUCCUGGACCACCAGGAGGAAUUGGUGAGCCGGGACGCAAGGGACUGCCUGGAGAUGAGGGCACAGCUGGUGGACCUGGUAGUCCUGGAGACACUGGUCCAAUGGGACCGCCCGGGAGGAAGGGAAUACCUGGAAGAGAUGGUCUGCCUGGCUCACCUGGAGAGAAUGGAGAAGCUGGAAUGAAAGGAUUUCCCGGAAACCCGGGUGUGGAUGGUCCCCCGGGUCCCCCAGGAACUAAUGGUGAUCCUGGCACUCCGGGACGGAAAGGAGGUCCAGGUGAUCCGGGGCCCGUUGGUCCACUGGGAUUGCCAGGUGGGGAUGGACCACCAGGAAGAAACGGAACAGAUGGAAGACAGGGUGAGAUAGGAGUUCCUGGUUCGAUGGGACUACCCGGUGUCAAUGGCACCCCUGGAGCUAAUGGUCCGCCAGGUCAGCUAGGACGUCCCGGCCGUAAGGGAAUUCCUGGUAACAAUGGAGAACCUGGAAUAAAGGGAUUACCUGGUUUACCUGGACCACAAGGUAUAAAAGGCCCACCUGGUAGGAAGGGAUUUCCUGGAUUAGACGGACAAGACGGUCUUCCUGGUAUACCUGGAGCUGACGGGUUUCCUGGAUCCACUGGUCGACCUGGAAAGACGGGACUUCCCGGGCCUGUUGGACCUUUGGGCCCACCUGGUGAGUCCGGUCGCAAAGGAUCUCCAGGUGACAAUGGAUUGCCUGGAACUCAAGGAGAGCCUGGAGUACCUGGAACACCAGGGUCAAAAGGAUUGCCAGGAUUGACGGGUAUCGCUGGUCCUCCUGGAACCAAUGGUGACCCUGGAGUGCCUGGGAUGUCUGGACGACCGGGGAAGAUGGGCAUAGCUGGAGUGCCGGGUGAGAAGGGAGGAACUGGACGGAAAGGUCUUCCAGGACUGGCAGGAGAGCCAGGUGGUCCAGGUGAAAGAGGGGAACAAGGAGUGUCAGGAGAUCCGGGAGAAGCAGGACCUGAGGGGCCCGCCGGACCACCUGGUGAACAAGGUUCUACUGGUAGGAAGGGACCCCCCGGAUUAACGGGUCCUGUUGGACCAGCUGGUCCCAGUGGAGAUCCAGGGUUGUCUGGGGAACCUGGACUGCCUGGAGCAAAUGGCACAGCUGGAGCUGAUGGGUUGCCUGGACCACCAGGUAAUGAUGGGAUACCAGGAGCUCAAGGGAGGCCUGGAAAAAAUGGUUUGAAUGGUCUGCCUGGACUGAAUGGAACGUCAGGAGAAGCUGGAGAGCCUGGAAGUCGGGGCGUUCCCGGGAAACUAGGCAUGCCAGGACUGCCGGGUGAGAAUGGAACUAAUGGACCUUCAGGAGCACGUGGAAUACCCGGGAAAAUGGGCCUGGAAGGUCCAAAGGGCGAAAUUGGACGAAGUGGUUUGACCGGAAGAACAGGAAAGCCAGGGUUGAAAGGUUCACUUGGCGAGAAGGGAAUGACAGGAGUGCAGGGUCCAGGUGGCGGUGAUGGUCAGCCGGGGGUGCCUGGUGAACCGGGCCUACCGGGGGAAGAGGGGAGGACUGGGAAACCAGGUCGAACUGGUCCCAGGGGAGGAAAGGGCGUGCCUGGUUUGAGAGGACAACCUGGAGGAAUGGGAGAACCGGGGCUGAAUGGUACAGACGGUGUGAGGGGUGAACCAGGGAGGUCUGGACUCCCUGGAAAGAUGGGCCGUUCUGGUCUUGAUGGCAACCCAGGUGACUCUGGACGACCUGGAAGUCGUGGGCUCCCAGGGAAAACGGGUCCGAAUGGAGCUCCAGGAGAGACUGGUAGUGAAGGAAGAACCGGGAAACCAGGACUGCCAGGUGCUCCUGGUAUGAGUGGUGAAGAGGGCAUGCCUGGUAGGGCAGGCUCAAGAGGAAUACCUGGAAAAAUGGGUUUACCUGGAGAUCAAGGCCCUGUUGGUCCACAGGGUAUGAUAGGCACUCAAGGCACACCAGGAGGUCCAGGGAGACCGGGGCAGAGAGGAAUUCCUGGAAAAAUGGGUCCAAUUGGUCCCGUUGGUCCCUCUGGCGAGCCAGGAUCCACUGGUGACAAAGGAAUGAAAGGCGAUCUGGGUGAGAUUGGUAGGGCAGGAAGCAGAGGGAUCCCUGGAAAAAUGGGACCAGCUGGCAUUGAUGGAACUCCCGGGGAACCAGGGGACAGGGGGGAGGAUGGACAAGACGGACGCAAUGGAGCACGAGGUAUUCCUGGUAAGAUGGGACCCUCUGGCACUCCUGGCAGUAGAGGUAUCCCUGGUAAAGAGGCUAUGCCUGGUGUGAUUGGUCCACCUGGUGAUGACGGUCGUAACGGAGCACCAGGUCAGAGAGGACUGCCAGGCAAAACGGGUAUACCUGGCAUGCGAGGCAUACCAGGCAAAAAUGGCCCAGUGGGACCCAUUGGCCCAUAUGGAGUCAACGGCAGCGCUGGCUCACCAGGUGCUCGAGGUAUCCCCGGUAAAAGUGGUCCUUCAGGGAUACCAGGGAGACUGGGUAUCCCUGGGAAGUCUGGUCGGCCCGGGGGACGAGGCAUCCCCGGCAAGAGUGGACCAGCUGGACAGCCAGGAAGAAGGGGACAUCCAGGAAAGGUUGGCCCAAGUGGUCCAAAUGGGGAACCCGGUGGAGAUGGUGUAAAGGGAGUCCCGGGAGCUAGGGGAAUCCCGGGAAAGCGGGGAAUAGCUGGUCGUACUGGACAACCAGGCAAACCAGGACCAGUGGGACCGUCUGGAACACCAGGCAUUAAUGGAGUGCCGGGCAGAAAUGCUAGUGAUGGAGAACGGGGUGACAAGGGUAUGGACGGCAUGAAGGGAGACAGAGGAAAUCAGGGUAUUCCUGGAACUGUUAUUGUUGCGGGUGGUGAGCCUGGUUUAAUGGGUGGCAAAGGGGAGAAGGGUGACCUCGGUCUGAGGGGAACCCCCGGAGAGAGGGGUAUGAGGGGACCUGAUGGAACGAGUGGAAGGAAGGGAGACACUGGGGACGAGGGUCCCAAAGGAUGCAUAGGAGGUCCUGGUGUGAAUGGUAACAAGGGAGACCGUGGAGAGAAAGGUGAUGCCAACGGUCCACAGGGAGACACGGGAGACAAAGGAGAUAUGGGUGAUGCUGGUAGAACUGGAAAGCCUGGCCUGAGGGGUGGGCGUGGGCCUCCCGGUGCUCUUGGACUCACAGGAAACCGUGGUUUCCAGGGCAGGAAGGGAGACGUCGGAAAUGAGGGGCUCAAGGGUUGUCUCGGCGACAAUGGAGUGAAGGGAGAGAAGGGCAGCACAGGCAGGAAGGGACCACCUGGUCUGGAUGGACGUGAUGCCUCUCUAAUGGUUUCAAUCUUCUCAUCAUUUUCAAUGUUGAAUGAGUCUCAGUUGACUGGAGUGUUGGGAGCAGUAGCCUUCGACUCAGAGACCAGUAUAAUGUACAUCUAUACAGAUGGUGGAUGGUUGUCACUCUUCACUCCCUCAAGAUCAAGACGGGACGUUAACGAUCAAUUUCCAGGAGAGUGUGGUAAUGGAGUGAUAGAGGGAGAGGAGGAGUGUGACGGUAGCGACGUGGGAGAGAGCACCUGUCAGAGUGUCGUUAAAUUACCGUAUGCAGGCAGGGUAUCCUGUACACCGCAGUGCAAACUUGAUGUGUCUGGAUGUACACCGUUAGCCGCUUUGUUGUUUGCUGUUAAGACACACAAAAUGCGAAAGGUUCACAUUGAUUCUACCAAUUGGAACGAACACCAUCGCAGUUAUUUCAAUGAGACGUUAUCAGCGGACAUAGCCUGCCAAGACUCGGCUGUCAGGGCUGGUGUGCCAGGUGUCUUUGUGGCACUGCUGUCUACAAGCAGAAGGUCGAUAGGAAAGAUCAUCAGUUUGCAACAAAGCGACAACAUUCCAAUCAUUAACUCACAGGGAGAGAUACUGCAUGAGUCGUGGAAAAACCUUCACUAUAAGAAUCAAAUCAGUCUGCAGAAAACUCUUACACUGAGUGGUUAUCCUCUUGCUGAAGAGUUCGGCAUUUGGUUAAGCCCGUUAACACCUGAGGAUAAUCAAGCAGGUGAUGAUUGUGAGUCAUGGACGAGUGAUUCCCCAGACGUCUCUGGCUCUGGACGAUUGAGAAGACAGGAACAGUCUGCUUUACAAUACAGCAUUCCAUGUAACAAUGAUAUGGCUGUUCUCUGUUUACAAUUAACACACCGCUUCUCUUAGAAAAUCUUUUAGUUUCAGUGUCCAACUAUUUUUUAAGAAAUGGCUUUUGACGACA